UUCUUUUUCUUCAAAAUCCAAAUCUUUUUAUAACGGCAUAAUCUCUCUCUCUCUCUCUCUCUCUCUCUCUCUCUCUCUGUGCAAAGAGGCAAAUCCUGAACACCACAUUAGACCAUUGAGAAUCUCCGGCUUUUCAUCCAAACCCAUUUGACAUAAAUCUCAUUUGGUCCUGGUAGAUCUUCACUCCUGUCUCCGUCCAAAGUACCACCCACAAAGAUCAGCUCUUUGGCUCUCUUGAAAUCUGGGUUUUACUGUGUUUCUCUCUCUAAAGAUCGAAAAUGGGGGUGAAGAUGAUGAGGUGGCGGCCAUGGCCGCCGCUAAUUUCCAAGAAAUUCGACGUGAAGCUUGUUGUGCGGAGGCUUGAGAAUCUGGGAGAUGGGGGGGAUUGGGUGCAGGAGGGUGCAGGCGCUUGUGAUGGGGCUUCGGUGGAGAUCAGGUGGAAAGGCCCCCCUAGGGUUGCGUUGAGCUCCUUCAGGAGGACGGUGAAGAGGAACUGCACCAGAGAAGAGAGGUUCAAGAAUGGCCCAGACGGCGCCGUUUUGGUCGAGUGGGAUGAGGAGUUUCAGAGCGCGUGUAAUCUCUCCGCCCACAGGGACAAUGUCUUUCAUCCCUGGGAGAUCAGCUUCACUGUAUUGUUGAAUGGGUUUCAAGGUGCUAAGAAUAAGGCGCCUACUUUUGGAAUAACCAGCAUAAACCUUGCCGAAUUUGCUGCCAAGACAGAAGAGAAAGAAUUCAACAUAAAUAUCCCGUUAGCCGUUUUGGGGUGUUCGUCAGAGUCUCACCCCUCUCUCUACGUAUCGCUUAGCUUAUUGGAACUAAGAGCUGCACAAGAUUCGGUUGAGUCACUUCAGAGGCCUGUGGUGUCCGCCUCAUCUCCACCGAGGUCGGGAGAAAGUUCAUCGACCGAGAAAAACGAGCUUUCUGCAUUAAAAGCCGGGCUCAGAAACGUGAAGAUAUUUACGGAGUACGUGUCGACAAGGAAAGCUAAAAAAGCUUGCCGAGAAGAUGAUGGCAGUGACGGCAGAUGCUUGAGAAGCGACGAGGGUGAGUAUGCGUAUGCUUUUGACACCGAGUCACUCGAUGAAUUCGAGGAAGGGGAAUCAGAAGACGGCAAGGACGACUCUGCAAUAAGGAAGUCAUUUAGUUAUGGCACGUUGGCCUAUGCUAAUUACGUAGGAGUAUCGUUUUAUUCUAAUAGAAGGAUCAGUGCCGGGGAUGAGGAUUUUGUUUACUAUAGCAAUCGCAGAUCAUAUGUGGGCUCACAGAUCGAGGACCCGAUUGCUUCUGUUCCGGUGCCAGUAGUUUUGCAAUCAAAGCGUAGUAUCUUACCUUGGAGAAAGAGGAAAUUGAGUUUCCGGUCCCCGAUAUCCAAAGGGGAGCCAUUAUUGAAGGCGUAUGGGGAAGAAGGUGGAGAUGAUAUUGACUACGAUCGUAGACAGCUCAGUUCUGACGAAUCCGUUUCUUUUGGGUGGCAUAAGGCCGAGGAAGAUUCUAGUGCAAAUCGAUCUUCGGUGUCGGAGUUUGGCGAUGAUAAUUUUGCUGUAGGCUGUUGGGAACAGAGCGAAAUAACGAGUCGGGAUGGAAACAUGAAACUUGAAGCGCGGGUUUUCUUUGCUUCCAUUGAUCAGCGAAGUGAAAGAGCUGCAGGAGAAAGCGCAUGCACGGCACUUGUUGCCGUGAUCGCUGAAUGGUUGCAGAGCAAUCGUGAUCUCAUGCCGAUUAAGUCCCAGUUCGAUACCUUGAUCCGAGAGGGAUCUUUGGAGUGGAGGAAUCUUUGUCAGGACGAAACUUACAGGGAAAGGUUUCCCGACAAGCAUUUUGACCUCGAGACUAUCCUUCAAGCCAAAAUCCGUUCGAUAUCUGUUGUUCCGGGAAAGUCUUUCAUCGGGUUUUUUCAUCCGGAUGGUAUGGAAGAUGGGAGAUUCGACUUUUUGCAUGGCGCUAUGUCCUUCGACAAUAUUUGGGACGAGAUUAGCGGUGCAGGAUCAGAGUGUGCUAACGGUGAACCCCAGGUUUAUAUCGUCAGUUGGAACGACCACUUUUUCGUCCUCAAGGUUGAGCCCGAAGCUUACUAUAUCAUCGAUACUUUAGGCGAGAGACUCUACGAGGGCUGUAAUCAGGCUUACAUACUCAAGUUCGACAAGGAUACAACUAUCUAUCAACUACCAUCACCAUCACCGCAAGAAAAUGGCAUUAGCAAUCAACAGGCGCCCCCCGUUGCUCCUGUAGCAGAACCGAAGAAUUCAAGUCCCGAGGAGGGUUCUGUUCCAGGGCUCGAGGAGCCGAUGAAAACUGAUGAGAAAGAGGAAAUUCUGUGUCACGGGAAAGAGUCGUGCAAGUACUACAUCAAGAACUUUUUGGCCGCAAUUCCUAUUCGAGAAUUGCAGGCAGACAUGAAGAAAGCUCUGAUAAGCUCAACGCCUCUUCAUCACCGGCUUCAGAUCGAAUUUCACUUCACCCAUUUACAGCAAUAACUGUAGUAGAAACUAUUCGGGUAUGCACUUCUCCGUAACUCAAGGCAGUAGAAACCCGUCGAGAUUCCUAGCAUAAAUAGUUGAAGCUGCAAUAAUAAUAACUCAAGUGUUUCCCCCCAUAGAGUUUCAAAUGUAAAUUUAGGGAGUGUGAUUAGAUUAGUGUUCUUAGUUCUUGGUUUCUUUGUUUGUUCUCUCUUCAUGUGUUUUGCCUUUCUCUUGUUUUGCAUGAAAGGGAUAACUGUACAUCACUCUCUAAUCUUCUAUCUUCAAUUAUAAAUACACCCUUGACACCUGUCAUUUCUCAAAUUACUA